AUGGAGGUCGCCGCGGCGAAGCCCAUCCUCCGCGUGGCCGCCGUCUGCGGCUCCCUCCGCAGGGCCUCCUACAACCGCGGCCUCCUCCGCGCCGCGGCGGAGGUGUGCGAGGAGUCCAUCCCGGGGAUGCGCGUGGAGCACGUCGACAUCUCCGCGCUGCCGCUGCUCAACACCGACCUCGAGACGCCCGACGGGGGCUUCCCGCCCGCCGUCGAGGCCUUCCGCGAACGCAUCGCCAGCGCCGACUGCUUCCUCUUCGGCUCGCCAGAGUACAACUACUCCAUCGCGACCCCUCUGAAGAAUGCACUUGACUGGGCUUCUAGGGGAAAGAAUUGCUGGGCAGACAAACCUGCUGCGAUUGUCAGCGCAGGAGGUGGCUUUGGAGGAGGUAGAUCGCAGUACCAUCUCCGGCAGGUCGGGGUGUUCUUAGAUCUUCAUUUCAUCAACAAGCCAGAGCUGUUCGUCCAAGCAUUUCAGCAGCCGCCCAAGUUUGACAGUGAUGGUAAUCUGAUUGACGCCGAAAUCAGAGAGCGUAUCAAGCAAGUGCUCUUGUCCCUCCAGGCCUUCACACUCAGGGUCCAGAAGAAGGAUUGA